GUGUGCGGGAGGGGGCUACGGAGUCCCGGGCCCGGCGCUCCAGUCCGUUUUUUCUUGCGGAUCGGGCAGGGGGGCCGGCCGGGGGUGGCGCCGGGGGAUUCCCUCCCUCGUGCGAGCCGCGGACCGGCCCCUCUCCGGGCGCGGGGCGCAGAGCCCGGGCGGCGGACUGCGGGGCCCGCGCGGGCCGCCCCAGCACCAAUGCGCCGGGCGGGGCGCUGGCGACCGAGAGGGCAUUGAGCAACUGGGCGGCGGGCGGAGCGCGGGGCCGACGGCAGCGCGGGACCCAGUGGCCGCGCCCUCGCCCCUUCGGGCUGCCCCGCUGCGGCCACUGCGCCAGGUCUAUCUUGGGGGUAACGCUCUGCUGAAGUGACCAGACUUCCCAUGUGACCCCCCGAGGUGACUUUCAAACAGGACAGGACCUCCCUUUCGCCCGCCCGAUGGAGAACGCGGUUCCAUAACCGCUCAGUUCACGGCUGAGAUUAUGGAGGGUCUGGGCUGCAGCCCAGGCCUGCGCCUCCUGCCACUGACCCAGCCUCAGAGCCUUUAGCAAGAGACCACCCCUCCCGCCGGGGGCCCGGGGCUGGCCAGUGACGACUAUGCGGCUUGGGCUGUGUGUGGUGGCCCUGGUUCUGAGCUGGACGCACCUCGCUGUGGGCAGCCGCGGGAUCAAGGGCAAGAGGCAGAGGCGGAUCAGUGCUGAGGGGAGCCAAGCUUGUGCCAAGGGCUGUGAGCUCUGUUCAGAAGUCAACGGCUGCCUCAAGUGCUCGCCCAAGCUGUUCAUUCUGCUGGAGAGGAACGACAUCCGCCAGGUGGGCGUCUGCCUGCCGUCCUGCCCGCCUGGAUACUUUGAUGCCCGGAACCCCGACAUGAACAAAUGCAUCAAAUGCAAGAUUGAGCACUGUGAGGCCUGCUUCAGCCACAACUUCUGCACCAAGUGUCAGGAGGGCCUGUACUUGCACAAGGGCCGCUGCUAUCCAGCCUGUCCCGAGGGCUCUACGGCAGCCAACAGCACCAUGGAGUGCAGCAGUCCUGCACAAUGUGAAAUGAGUGAGUGGUCUCCAUGGGGGCCCUGUUCCAAGAAGAGGAAGCUGUGCGGUUUCCGGAAGGGAUCGGAAGAGCGGACACGCAGGGUGCUCCAUGCUCCCGGGGGAGACCACACCACCUGCACUGACACCAAAGAGACCCGGAAGUGUACAGUGCGCAAGACGCCAUGUCCUGAGGGGCAGAAGAGGAGGAAGGGGGGCCAAGGCCGGAGGGAGAAUGGCAACAGGCAUACGGCUAGGAAGAACAGCAAGGAGCCAGGCGCCAACUCUCGGAGACACAAAGGGCAGCAGCAGCCACAGCCAGGGACAGUGGGGCCACUUACAUCAGUAGUGCCUGCCUAGGCACUGUGACCAGUCUCCAGAUCUGUGUGGAAGAGUCUUGUGCUGUACUGCAUCAUAGGAACUUUCCAGAACUGGAGCAUCUGGGACAGCAAGUCCACACAUCCUCCACUCUCCCACCCACCCACCCAUCUAUCCAUCCAUCCAUCCAUCCAUCCAUCCAUCCAUCCAUCCAUCCAUCAGUGCAUAUCCUGGCACACAUAUGGCCACAUCAGAAAACGUCAACACACACACACAUUCUUGAUUUUUGAAGUCAUCGAGGAUGCUUCCCUCCUGUGGCCCAGCUGUACACACUCAGUUUAUGAUGCUCUUGGAAGACAUGUCUGAGAGAACGUUUCCCAGCAUCUGAACCUAAACUUCAAGGAGUGGAACCUUCUGGAGGAGUUGCUGGGACAGCAUCUGGCAGGUGGAUGGCAGCCCAGAGCCAAAGCUGGAGCAGCUGCCAAGGGAGAGAGUGCUUUCCCCUGGCCUGUGUGGCACUCCCAGCUAUGUGACUUGAUUGUUGGAGAUGAGAGUCCUUACACAACCGGGGUCCAUGUCAGGGCUGAGCUGACUUGGAGACGGCUUAAAGUUUAUUUCAAAUUAAAAAACAA